AAAAGCAAAACUCCCGUACAGUAGGGGGCGCACUUUAGAAGCAAAUCCUUACAGCGCUUUAUAGACACUGCUAGCCUAAUCGCUAACAACAACAGAGGACUCCGAAUAACUAGUAACAAAAAGGGGGCAAACUGCUUCCAUGUCUUAUGUACUGAUGCAGAUGGGCGUUCGGACUGAAGAGUGACGAGUGGAAGUGACAGGUCCUCCUCCUCUUCCUCACCCUCUUACCCCAACACCUUCUGUCACGCUGGCAAUGUCAAGAGUCCCGAGUCCCCCUCCCCCUGCGGAAAUGUCCAGCGGCCCCGUGGCCGAGAGCUGGUGCUACACACAGAUCAAAGUGGUGAAAUUCUCUUACAUGUGGACCAUCAACAAUUUCAGCUUCUGUCGUGAAGAGAUGGGUGAAGUCAUCAAGAGCUCCACCUUCUCCUCAGGGGCCAAUGACAAGCUGAAAUGGUGUUUACGAGUGAAUCCCAAAGGCCUGGAUGAGGAGAGCAAAGACUAUCUUUCGCUCUACCUGCUGCUGGUCAGCUGUCCAAAGGCUGAGGUGCGCGCCAAGUUCAAGUUCUCCAUCCUCAACGCCAAAGGAGAGGAGACCAAAGCCAUGGAAAGCCAAAGGGCAUAUCGUUUUGUCCAGGGGAAGGACUGGGGGUUUAAGAAGUUCAUUCGCAGAGACUUUCUCCUUGAUGAAGCCAACGGUCUUUUACCUGAUGACAAGCUCACUCUCUUUUGUGAGGUUAGUGUGGUGCAGGACUCGGUCAACAUCUCGGGGCAGAACACCAUGAACAUGGUGAAGGUGCCUGACUGCCGACUAGCAGACGAGCUGGGGGGUCUGUGGGAGAAUUCCCGCUUCACUGACUGCUCCCUGUGUGUGGCUGGUCAGGAGUUUCAGGCCCACAAAGCCAUCCUGGCAGCACGGUCUCCUGUAUUCAGUGCCAUGUUUGAGCAUGAGAUGGAAGAGAGCAAAAAGAACCGUGUGGAGAUUAACGACGUGGAGCCCGAGGUGUUCAAAGAGAUGAUGUGCUUCAUUUACACAGACAAGGCUCCCAACCUCGAUAAGAUGGCUGAUGACUUGCUUGCAGCAGCUGACAAGUAUGCCCUGGAGAGACUGAAGGUUAUGUGCGAGGACGCCCUGUGCACUAGUCUCUCUGUGGAGAACGCUGCCGAGAUCCUCAUCCUGGCUGAUCUGCACAGUGCCGACCAGCUGAAAACACAGGCUGUCGACUUCAUUAACUACCAUGCUGCGGAGGUCAUGGAGACGGCAGGUUGGAAGUCCAUGGUCGCAUCUCAUCCUCACCUGGUGGCUGAAGCUUAUCGCUCCCUGGCGUCUGCCCAGUGUCCUUUCCUUGGGCCCCCACGCAAACGCCUUAAACAGUCCUAACAGCCUUGGAGCAAGGCAUACACACGCGCACACACAGACGCACACAUACACACCCACACACAUGGACAAAUUACCCCUUACUGUUACCUAUGACACUACCUACCGUUUCCUCCAAAGUCCCCCCCUUCUGUCCCAUCCAAAACCUGCUGUACUUAGUCUCUUGUGAAGAUGGAAGGAAGGAAGAGGAAGAAAAGUCAUGGUUGGUUGUUGUUUAUGAAAAACUGCAGCACCCCUCCCUUCUUCUUCUCAGCUCCACUGACAUUGUGCUCCUCUGUGUGUGUGAAGAUCUGACCUAAAUCCUUUGAUAUCCUGCCAAGGUCCCGUGGCAUUUGGAAUCCGUUAUGGAGGAGAACUGGACACAACAAUCCAUUAAGAGCCGACCAUCUGGGAAUCGACAAGUGCAGAUAAAUAACGUCUUCAACUGUGUAUUUUUCAGUGAGGCUUCUUUGGAGUUGAGCUGCCAGCGAAGCCCCCCCCUCCCCCCCCCCAAAAAAAACGAACAAACAAACUAAAGGACACACAGGCAUUUGAGGGACUGUUAGUUACAAACUAGAAGCCCCGAGAAAGAUAACAAAAGGGCUAGACAAAAAGGAAGCUAUUGGACAGAAUCAUCAAACUAAUUUUCCCUGAAGAGUUGGGAAACAUUGCACUAAUAUCACAGCUCACCCUUUGUCAACCCUUACCAGCAGUAAAGUAGAAAUGCUGUAGGCAAGCACAUCCUGAAGCUAGCUUCAUGGACUAAAGACCCCAAUGGACCACAGAGAACAAGUUACCCUUUAAGAGAUUUAUCAGUGAACGACAAACCAACAAUGUCAGUCUAUAUCGAACUCUGCUUCACCUGCGUCCGUUUUCAUUUUUCAAGAAGCCAGAAAAGUAUACAGAGAAAUUAUCAGUGCACAACUGGAUGUCUUUCUGAGGGAAUCAUAUUUUUGAUCCGUCUUUGUCGCCCUUGAGAGAAAAUGAAAUCCAAGGUGUCAACAGACAGGAGGAAAAGGUUACAGGACGUUGACAUUCAGUCAGGCAUGUUAAUGUUUUAUGAUGGAUUUCUUACUUGUUUUUCCUCAAAGCUGUUGUUUUAAUUUUAUUUCUUUUUCCAUAAGAAUUUGUAUAGACACUAGUGUUUUUGAAGCCGGGUUUAAAAAAAAAAAGAAAAAAAAAAAAAGGCAUUUUCAAACAUGAGAUUGGAAAAAAAAAAUGGACAGAUGUUUUCUUUGCUGGCAUGAAGACUGAGGGGAAAUUAAAUUGAAUGAACACGUUUUAAUGUUCAGAUUAGUCAGAAUGUAAAAUGCACACCAAACCACCUGAAAUGAAUUUGAAGUUAUUUUAACUUGAUGGAAAAUGGUAAUCAAUAGAAGGAACCUUUGCCGUUUCUUUUCUGUAGAUAUUGCUGGUUAUGAAAA